AUGAUGUCGCACGUCGUAGUAUUCAACUCGUACGCGAGGACGUUCAAGAUCCCGACUACGCCCAUCAAGUACUUGACAGAGGUGCGCGAUGAGGCGUGCCAGAAGUUUGGUGUCAACAAGGACCAGUUCACGCUCAAAUACAACAACAAACCCAUAUCCCUAUCGCAACAAAUACGGCUCGCAAACCUCCCCCAGGGCGCCCGACUGGAACUCGUCCAGGCCUCGCGAUCACCCACCGUCAUAUCCGUAGCGCUCCAGCUCCCCGCGACCGAGAAGAACGUACGCCUCACAAGCAAGUUCGCGAGCAACACUUCGUUAUGGGAGAUCUUGCGACACUUUGAGAGUGGGCAGGGGGCCAACUACAACUUCACACAGCGCGGCAUCCCCGAGAUGAGCGGCGCAUCCGGUGCUGGCAGGCUGCACUACGAGCAACCUGUCAUCACUGUCAUGCCAGGUCACAAGGAGCAGGCCAACUUUGUUGAGCUACAACAGACUCUCAGUCAGCUGGGAUUUGAUAGCGGCUCAGCAUUAUUAAAGCUGUCCUACAGGAAUAGCGGAACGCCGCUGGAAGAGGCCAUGGCACAGAUAACGCAAUACUUCAAGUCCAGCGAGCCUGCGUCUGUCGGUGCCGAAGGCGCACACGCUUCGACAACUGAUCAAUUAGCCUCAAUACCAGACCCUGCCCAGGCAGCUCCGGAGGCGACAGAAGUCGUAGCAGGCGAAACUGUUCGUAACGAAGAGCCCGAUCCAGAGCCGAUGGAGGUCGACUCCAAACCGGCCGUUAAACCUACACAAGAGCCCGAGGUGUCUACCGAGAACAACGCGGCUGAGAGCAUAGAGAAUACUUCUCCAGCAGCAGCAUUGGCUGCGGCAACGUCAACAGCGUCGUCCGCACCCGUAGAACCCAUUCAAUCACCAGCACCGACCUCCCAACCAUCAUCACAGCCAUCUGAACAAUCUCGCAACGUCCAGAUCUUCUCUGCGCCAACAUCGUCCACUCCGCAAGCAGCGCGAAAUGCCUUCAACGAGAGCGACUACCUCCCUACCAUUGAACACGCAAAAGCACAUCAAAACGCGUUGUUGACCAAGACACGCAAUACGCGUCUGUUGUCUGACAAAGAGUUAGAGGAGCAAGAAAAGGAGCGGCAGGCCAAGAUUGACGCUGCAGCCGAGAAGGGCGGCGCACUCCGCAUUCGGAUGCCGGAUAAUGCGCUCAUUCAGAUGAACUUCACAAAGACCGAUACCGCCGUCGGCCUAUACGACUUCGUACGCGGCUUCCUGGAGAAGAAGAACGAGCCCUUCCAGCUCAAGAACACGGGUCCAACAGGUCGACUCGUCCUCAUUCCCCAGGACAAUAAGCGCUUAGUGCACGAUCUACGUUUCUUCAACAAUGAGCUCGUCACGUUUCUAUGGGCAGACAACGCUAGCGCGGAAGCAAGGGCCAGCCGACAUGUGCUCUCGCAGGAAUCGCAAGCGAAGGCGCAGGCGCUCAAGGUCGAGGAACCGGUACGGGAAGAGAGGGCUCAGCCGCAGGCUUCUCAGGGCCAGACGGUUGCCGACGGCAAGCGCAAGGCUAACAUGAGCAAUGAGGAGAAGGAGAGCAAGCUAAAGAAUCUGCUCGGGAAGGGCUUGUUCAAGAAGAAGUAG